UUAAAAAAAGAAAUUUGUUAUUUGUACAAACUACAAACCCUCGUUGGAUUUCCCUCCUUCCUCAAUUUCCUCUUCAACGCCCCUCACCUCACACUCUCUCAACACCUCUUCUGAUCAACACGUUACACAAUCCACCAUUAAAACUCUGCAAUUUCACCCCCUUUCUUUUUUUCUUCUUUCCCCUAAAGAAACCCCAUUCUAGAGAGAGUUAAAAGAGUGAAAGAAUCUUUCUUUGAUGAUGCUCCAUUUGUUUGUUUUCAUCUACAAACCCUUAAGCUCCUCCAUCCAAAUUCAGAUCUAACAUGAUUUGUUUUCAUCUGGGUAUCCUUUGAAAUUUGCCUACUCUUGAUGAAUUUACUUGGGUAUUCAUGGUGAGGAUGGGAUCGAAUGAUAAUUUGGAAAAUGUCGUCGGGAGUACAAACCCACUUUCGGUUGUUUCGAGAGGUGGUGCGACCCGGUCAUGGGGUACAACGGCGUCGGGACAAUCUGUUUCGACUAGUGGCAGCGUUGGGUCGCCGUCGACCCGGAGUGAGGCUGCAAUGGCGGCGACGCCUGCUAGUGAUAACACGUUUAUGAGGCUGAAUCACCUUGAUAUUCACGCUGAUGAUGCUGGAUCUCAAGGAGCUGCUGGAAAUAAGAAGAAAAAACGAGGUCAACGUGCAACUGGAGGUGAUAAAGUAGGAAGAGGACUUCGACAAUUUAGCAUGAAAGUAUGCGAAAAAGUAGAAAGCAAAGGAAGAACCACUUAUAAUGAGGUUGCAGAUGAACUUGUAGCUGAAUUUGCAGAUCCUAGAAAUAGUGAUCAACCUCCUGAUCAGCAACAAUAUGAUGAGAAGAAUAUUCGUAGAAGGGUAUAUGAUGCUCUUAAUGUUCUCAUGGCUAUGGAUAUUAUUUCUAAAGAUAAAAAGGAAAUACAAUGGCGGGGCCUACCUCGAACUACUUUGAAUGAUAUUGAAGAACUAAAGAGUGAGCGUAUUGCUAUCAAGAACAGAAUUGACAAGAAAGCGGCUUAUUUGCGAGAACUAGAAGAUCAACAUAUAGGUCUUCAAAACCUCAUACAGAGGAAUGAGCAGUUAUAUGGGUCUGGAAAUGCACCAACUGGUGGGGUGGCUUUGCCUUUUAUACUUGUCCAGACUCGGCCUCAUGCGACCGUGGAGGUGGAAAUUUCAGAAGAUAUGCAGCUCGUUCAUUUCGACUUUAACAGCACACCAUUUGAGCUACAUGAUGACAAUUAUGUCCUCAAGGCCAUGAAGUUUGGUGAUGGAACAAACAAUGUUUGUACAGAAGGAGGUGUGGGGUCCAGCAUGUUUGAGGGUGGGGUUCCUAUGCAGCCGAGGUCCAGCGUAACACACGGUAGACCUCCACCAUCCCCUCCACUUCCGGGGAUACUAAAGGGACGUGUUAAGCAUGAGAAUUAGUCGAUACAACCUCUAAAUUCUAAUAUCUCUUCUUUGUAUAUUGUGUAAGCAUGUUGUGCUUGCUUUGCUAAUUGCGGAUUUGGGCUUUAUUUGGUCAUAAUGUUUUUUUUUUUUUUUUUUGUAUUUGAUUUUAUGGUA